AUGGACCCAGCGGAUCGCGUUCUUCAAGAGCUUCAGCGUGAGGUUGCCCAGGUUGAGCCCCUGCGGCAUCAGGUAGCUGUCUUUCAGGGUGAUUUGAGUGCAUACCAUCUUGAGGUCGAGGCUUUGCGUGCAGAAGUUAGGGCCUUGCGUGAUCAGAUCGCUCCUUUGCAAGAGGCCCACGUUCGUGCUUCUGCCCGCCUGCAGCCCCGCCUUGUGCGUCCUGCUCCAGCCAUUGAAUCCUUGACGGAGCGGGUGUUGCAUAACCAGAGCUGUUUUCAGUUUCUUGUUGUGGCGUUGCAGAGAACCUUCCCUCACGUUCAGUGGCAGUCCCUCCACGAGGUCCUUCGCAAGGCUCGUCUCGAACCAGGGGUCAAGCAGUCAUUGGACAGGGAAGCAGUUGUGCGGCGAUGGUUGUGUGUGUUGUUGCAUGAUACCAGUGCAUCUUCAAUGGGCCAGAUGCUUGCGGGGAGUGCGUGUGAUGGUGCCGAGCUUGUGUCUGAGACGUUUGAGGGCAAGGCAACAAGUACUCUUCUGAAAAGAGUCCGCUGCAUCGGGAAAUACGUGCAUUGGGCGUCGGACAAUGGGUGCGAUGCUUUCCCCUUCUCAAUUGAGAAGAUCCGGAGUUACCUCAAGGAUGCUAUUUCGGGUAACAAGAAGAGUGCCAUCCGGGAUUUUGCAAGCUCCUUGAAUUUUUGUCGCUUUGUGUUGGGGUUUCAGGUGAGUGAUGAUGUGACUUCACACCCAUGGUUCAAAGGGACGAUGAGAUUUGCCAACAUCCGGCUCCGGGAUGCCCACCGAUCACGGACCUUGACUGUGAAGGAGGUGAAGCAUCUUGAAGAGGCCUUGAUCGGGGGCCAUUUGGACCGUUUUGAUCGAUAUGCGCUCGGAGUUAUGUUGUUUCAGCUGUAUGCUCGAGCCCGAGUGUCUGAUUUGCGUAAUCUGUUCAAGGUUUACCUGGACAUAACCGGGGCAGAAGGGUAUAUCGAAGCACAUACGUACGAGCACAAAAGCCGUCGCAUCACCAGUGGACCCAGUGCUGUCCUCAUCCUGGUGGCUCCGAUCCAGGGGCUCGCCUCCCAGCCUUGGGGGCUUGCUUUUGUUCAGGCUGCCAAAGAUGUUGGGUUUGACUUUGAGAAAGGUUUCAGAGGUCCGAUGUUGCCCCGUUUUGCCAGCGAUUACACUUGGUCAGGGGAUGCGGUGGAUGCUGCUGAAACCACAAGGUGGCUGAAUGGCAUCCUCAAGGCGCUGAUGGGCGAAGUCCUUGAUGGCCUAACGAGCCAUGGCCUGAAAGCCACAACACUUUCGUGGGUGACAAAGGCAAAUUACGGGGACCGUACCAUCCUCGUGCUUGGCCAUCACUCACUGGGGGCUAGGGGCAAAACUUCCGAAGCAUAUGGUCGCGAUGUGCAGGCGGGACCGUUGAGAGACUUGUGUGCAUGCUUGAAAUCGAUCAGAGUGGGGGUCUUCCUUCCAGACUUGACCCGCAGUGGCAUGAUCAGGGAGCACGCUGAGUCGCCUGAUGAGUUCCCAAGUGGUUUUGCUUCUCGCCCCUCUCUCCAGCCGGCCUUUGCACCGUCCUUCAGUGUUGCUGGCCCUGCAAAUGACACGGCGCCCGACGAGGCAGCACCUUCUGAAGGGGGGGCUUCAGCGUUAAGUUUGGAUCGAGCUCCCGGUUUCCAGGAAGGUGAGACUGAGGUUGCCAGGGAGGCCGAGGAAGAUGCAGUCUUCGGUGGCGUGAGCCCAGAUCGUGUAUGUGAGUCAGGUUCCUUGGAGUCUUCUAGCGACAGUGAAUCUUCGGGCUCAUCCAGCGAGCCGGUUGAUUAUGAUGGCUUCCUCCGAGGCUUCGAGGUGCAGGCCCCGCGUGCAACCAUAGGGGUGGACCUGGAUCUCUUCCAGAACCCUAAGACCAAAUCAAUCCACGCAAGGGCCCGAGGUGCGACGCCCGACAGCAAGAUGCUUUGCGGUCGGCCGGCAAAAGGUUUUGUUCCCUUCUCUGGAAGAGUGCACAGCAAGCAUUGGAAGUGCAAGCAGUGUACGAUGGCUAAGCCCAUCCGAGACACUGGCUCGCUUUUGCAUCACCUGGACAGGCGCCUCGAGAGGACCUUUGCAGCUUCUUUGGCCACAGUCUACACAGUUUGCCGUAGCACCUCUGUGCAGGUGGGGUUGCCAGAUGAUGCAUUGCAACGGCUGCUUGACCAGGGCGUCGACACUCUGGCCAAACUGGCGUUUGCCCCUGGUCAUCCCGGGGAGUCCCCCAGUGACGAGAAACUCAAGGCCUUAGUUGCUCCAGUAGCUGCCCCCGGGGGUGCAGGUGGUGCCGAGCCCUCUCUUGGUACCGUCGCCGCGGUACGCAGGUUAGUCUUCGAAGCACAAACUUUGGUCGUCAAUGAGACCAAGUGCCUAGUUGAGAAUAAAGAAGAGCAGCCAAAAGAAUUGCCUCCAGCCGAACGGCGUGAUCGCCUGCAGAAACAAGCUGCCCGCCUUGCAGGUGUUGACUUGUCUGGUGUCAACGAGUGCUCGCAUGCAAGCUAUGACCUUUGCCUGAAGCUGAUUUCUGACAACUGUGUCUCGUAUCUUCAGCCUUCGAAGUUUACCUGCCGGCAGGCGGAACUGCGUAUGGAUAAGCCCCGCAAGGAACUUGAUGUCGCAGCCCCGGGCUCGUCCUCUUCCGUGCUCCUUAUCAAGGACCGCGCUGCAGAGCAGCAUUGCGACGUGACGCAUGCCCUUGAUCUAUUCCAGGCCCUGCAUCGUCGCGCGUUGGCCAUGGACCUUGUUGGCCUAAGCACGUAUGCUCGCGUGCAAGAGUGGAACUCUUUUCUUAUGAACCACCUACAGCAGCCUGUCCUGGCGGGAUACCGCAGCCCCACUGUUCAGCAACUCCUUCACGCUGAUAGAGCUGCCUGGGUCCGUUUGUCCGAGUUAACCCCAGCCGGGGUGCGUCGCAAGGCUACCGGUGAAUUGCCGUUGGAUAGCCUCUGGGCUGAUUUGCAGAAGGACCCGCGCGUAGUCUUUCACCUUUUGCCGCUUCCUGACUCUUCGGGCAAGCAUCCUGCGCCCGCCCCGCCGGGCGUUCCUGCUGCUGUGCCUGCUGGCUUGUUGCCGGUGGAGGUGUUGCCUGCCCGGCCUGAUGUUCCCCUUUCAGAAAGUGCAGCUCACCCUGGCGGUAGCAAGCAGCUGACUGUUUUCCAUGCUCUUGAAGUGUUUGCGGGCAGCGCUCGUCUUACUGUGGCCCUUCGUGCCGUGGGCUUGCAAGAUUCCUGUGGCGUCGAUCAUCGGAUCCCCAGGCAUUGCCCUUGUCCCAUGGUCAAACUUGACCUCACUCGCGAUUUUGAUGUACAGCUUUUGCAUGAUAUGAUCGACAACCCUUUUUGCCUUUAUGUGCAUUUUGCACCACCGUGUGGCACGAGCUCCCGUGCUCGCCUGAUCCAAGAGUCCGAUCACGAUCCCGAACCGUGUCGGGAUGAUACCUUUCCUGAUGGCCUACCCGGGCUUCCUGAUCGUUUGGCUCAACGUGUGGCUGCGGCCAACCGCCUCUAUGGCGUAACCGCUGCAGCCCUGAAACGGGCGGUUCUUGCUGGCAAGCUUGUCAGCUGCGAGAAUCCCCUGAAUUCUUUCAUGUGGCAGACCACUGCGUGGCGUCAGGGCACCUCCGGUUUGUCCUUGCGGGAAACUGUGUUUGACCAUUGUUGCUACGGGGGCAGCCGCCCCAAGCAUACGUUGUGGGUGCACAACGUGCCAGCCUUCGACCAACUCAGCCUGACGUGCCCUGGCGAGUCCGCCUCCCAUAAGCAUUUGCCUUGGGGUCGUGUGUCUAAGUUCCGCUAUGCUACUAGUGAGGAGACCGCUUACCCGCUUGGGUUGUGCAAGGCGGUCGCCGCGCUCCUGCUUGAGGAGCUCUGCCAGCGUGGGUUCCAGCUGCCUGCUCGUUCCCUGUCAGAUGAGGUUCGGCAGCAACAUAGAGCGGCCCAGGUCAGUCUCGGCUCCCAGCCCCGUGGCAAGAAGGUUGCUCCUAUGGUCGCUGAGUUCCGUGAUGUGGUCGUUGUGACAUCUGACCAUGACUUCUUGCCUGCUUCAGCCAAGCUGCCCGCGGCCGUGCCUGUUCCGCCCUCAGCCUCGUGUGACCCGCCUUUGCCAGAGCUGCCCAUGGGUUCUCGUAUAUUGCGUCGUGUUGCACUUGGGGGUGGAGAGACGCCGCGUUCUGGACCUUCAUCCCAGCCAAGCAGUAGGAAUCAGGGAAACCCGAACUGCCCCGUCGAGCAGUUCGCCUCUGUGUGCCUUCAACAGAAAACUAUCUUGGCUGAUGAUGUAACUCAGCUGUUCCAGCUCUUGAAGUCGGAUCGCUUGGCCAGAGGUGCUGGCCUGGAUGAUGAGUUUUCGUGGUCCACAGGGGCCUAUGCACAGGAUCCGAACGUGCCUGACUUGAUGGGCUGUGAGCUGAAGUUCGAGUCCAACAGGACACCAAGCCUCCUCACCGGCAGGGCCCGAGGAGUUCCACCUGAGCUGCAGCAAACGAUUGACUUCUUGGCGUCGGAGGGCAUGCACACCGUUGGUGCCAGUAGGACUGAAGCUUUACGUCAGUGGCUAGGGCGAGCCGCAGAGCUCGACGAGCAAGAACGUGUGUAUAAGGAGACACUGCCCAAGCACUGUGCGAGAACCUUGAGCAAGAAAAGGCUGCUUCUUUUCGGCGAGAUGAUUGAGGCUGCCGGCCACAAUGAUCCGUCGUUGGUUGCGGAUAUGUCUAAGGGUUUUGCUUUAGGAGGUCCGAUCCCCUACUGCCCUGAGUUCCGCGCUAAGCGUACAGCUGCCACCAUGGCGGUCGAUGACCUGCGAGGGUCAGCACAACGAAUGCGGAAGGGCAUCCUAAACUCUACCAAGAGCUCAGGAGAUGAUGUGGUGGAUGCUGAAACUUACCGAGUCACCUUGGACGAGGUGGAGCGGGGGUGGCUGGACGGGCCGCUGAAAGAGAGCGACUUGGGGGCCAGCUCUUUGUUGACCAGGCGCUUUGGCGUUGUGCAGAAUAACAAAACACGGCCCAUCGAUAACUACCUUGAAAGUGGUUUGAAUGCCACAUCUUCAUCGUACGACACAAUCACCGUGCACACCGCCGACUGCAUAGCAUCAGGUUUGGCCCGUCGACUGAGGGCCGAUGCAAAGUGCAGGUUGCACCAACUUCUCUUGAAGUCCUGGGACCUUCACAAGGCCUACAAAAACCUUCCACUAUCCCUGGAGGCGCUAGAGGACAGUUUCUUGUGCGUCUACGACCCAAAAGGGAAAUGUCCCCGAAUUUUCCGACAGAAGGUUCUUCCGUUUGGAUCACGGCACAGUGUGCACGCAUUUUGCCGGGUGUCACUAGGGAUAUGGAAAGUCCUUGUAGUGCUGUUUUUAUGCCACAUCAACGUUUACUUUGACGACUUUGUGGGUGUGGAGCUGGCUCCUCUGGCCCGCCUCUUCGACAUUGGUGUUUGCCUAGUAUUCCGUUUGUUGGGGUGGGAUGUCGCCGAAGACAAAGAAUCUGUGUUCGACUCCUGUGCAAAAGUGUUGGGGUUGAAGUUCGACUUGUCUGAGUCCCGUCUCGGACGUAUCACUCUGUGUAACACGGAGUCGAGGCGAGACGAGAUCUUCGAGGCCUUGUCCGACAUCCUUUCGUCUGGUUACCUCACGCAAAAGGAUGGCGAGCGCAUCAGGGGCCGACUCCAGUUUGCUGAAAACCAGAUAGCUGGAAAGGUUGCUGGAACAGCCUACAAACAACUGUCGCGGUUUGUGCAACGAGGGGGAGGACACCUGGAUGAGUGUACCAGGGUAGCCCUACUAAGGUUGCGCGAUCGAGUCAACUUCUCACCGCCCAGGGUGAUCUGCGCCAACAUCUUGACUACCAUGCAUCUUUAUGUCGAUGCCUCUUGUGAGGGUGAUAACGUAGGCUUGGGUGGUGUUCUUGUUAAUGAAGUGGGUUCGAAGAUGGGCUUUUUCAGUGACCGCGCGUCUGAGCAUGUGAGACGUCGCAUGAAUCCUGAGAGCGGCAACCCCAUUUUCGAGUACGAAUGCUUAGCCAUCCUUGUCGGACUCAGGUUGUGGGCUCCGCUCAUUCGCAGUACCAACCUCGUUGUGUUUACUGACAACGAGGGUGCCCUGGCCUGUAUGGUUGCCGGAAUUUCAAGCAACAAGUAUGGAGAAGCGAUUGCUCAGCAUGUUCAUGUGCUGUGUGACGAGCUUGGGCUUAACAUCUGGUUUGAACGCGUGAACACCUGCUCAAACGUGGCAGAUGCCCCCUCACGCGGCUCUAAAGAUCCAGAGCUGGGCAAAGAAUUCACGAUCGAUCUUGAUUCACUCGUUGAUCACGCCUUUGAGUCUUGGGGGUUGUGA